AUGCUGGAUGAGAUACAUGAGCCUCUUGAGCAGGAGCGAGCCGACUACAACACAUAUACAUUGGGGAGUAUUGGCCAUCACAACGUUGUAAUCGCAGGACUACACCAACCAGGGAACAGCUCAGCCACGUCGGUGGUGACUCAAAUCCGGAACACCUUUUCAGAUAUAAAUUGUGUUCUUCUCGUCGGUAUAGGAGGGGGUGUGCCUGUCAAGACCAACAGUGGCAUCAUCCGACUAGGGGAUGUUGUCGUGAGCAAGCCAGCUGGUGAAUAUCCCGGGGUUGUACAAUAUGACCACGGAAAGGCUGAAGUGGGCGUGUUUAAACGUACCGGCGCACUCCCACCACCCCCGGCAGUUUUGCUCCAUGCCGCACAGGAUUUUGCUGUGAACCGUACAUUGACAGGCGAGUUGAUGGACCCUCUGACGACAUCGCUUUCGCGCAUCAGCAGUGAUGGGCGACUCAGGGGGUUUCAGUUUCCUGGUCGAAUGAAUGACUUUCUAUAUCAGAGCGAUUAUGUUCACCUGGGCGCCGGGGAAUUAUGCAGCGAAUGCAACUGCGAUUCUCGUGAGCGCAUAAAACACGAUUACGGCGUCGAUGAGGCAUAUGUACAGGUCCAUCGAGGCAUUAUAGCAUCAGGCGAGUUUGUCAUCAAAGAUGCGAUGAAACGGGACCAAUUGGCCGCCCAGUAUGGCAUCCUAUGCUUUGAAACAGAGGCAGCGGGUGUGCUGGCGGAUAUGCCUUGCUUGGUGAUACGAGGAGUUUCGGACUACUGCGAUUCACAUAAAAAUGAUCAAUGGCAUGGGUAUGCUGCAGCAACCGCCGCUGCAUAUGCCCGAGAGCUCGUCCUUCGAAUGCCAAUAUACAAAUCGAAGAAGUCGGUGGGAUAA